CGGACGCGAUCGCGCGCGCACGUGUCAUAUCGUCUGGCUUUUUUAUCCGUCGCCCGGUGGUUUUUAUCGUGUCGCGGAACGCGAGAGAGACAAAACCGUAACCGCAACAACGAUCGCUACAAUUACGAGUGUUAGUAUUGUUUUUGUCAAAGUGCAGUGCGUGUUGAGUGCGGGAAUAGUAGUGAGUCCCCGCGAGAUCGACGAAGAUCGUUUGUGGAAAGAUCGAGCGCACGAUCAACGCCGGUCAACGAGAGAGUCGCUCCGCGACAUUCCGUGCAUUCCCGACAUUCCUCGCGAGCGCGCGCAACGUGUUCCGAAGUGCGAGAACACUCUGUUGAAUUUCUCUGAGCCCUAUUAUUACCGGCGAGAAUCUACCUUAUGAUCUUUGUGUCGCGCGUCUUUCGGUGAGAAAUAAUCGGCGGACGAGUGAUCAUUAGUAGUGCGAUUUCGCGACGGGCAAAAUUUCGUUUCUCUCGUCGUUAGCAUUUAUUAUCGCGAAGCACGAAUAAAGUCGAGUUGACGUCGAAACGGAAACAGAAUUUGCUAACCCAAGAAAAGAUCUUUCACAUCGGAUCAUCGAUACCGUAUAAUAUACGACGUUAUUCUCGUUAUCUCGCACACACAUCUGCGUGAAGUUAACGCCGACGAAUUACGUACAGAUGAAGGAGUGACGUAACAGUGUAUGCCGGCCAGUUGUUAAAUUUUUUUAUCCCCACCGUCUUCAUUCGUAAUAUCAUUUCAAUCUAGUUCGGUCGAUCGUCCACCGGAAUGUGAAUCAGCACGAUAUAUCUCAAUAUCGAUUAUCGGCAAUUAUCCCUAUUAAUUCGGCGCUCGGCCGCAUUUCCUCGAGCAACACUACAAUCGCACACUAACGUGUUCCAGUUUCGACGCUGACGCGGCGCCGAAUUGUCGACCAUCAAGAUCGAGGACGUGCAAGCGGCACCUCGACUUUUGCCGGCUCGCGUCGGGACAUGCAACAGCUUCGUGCGACCUUUUGAAACGCAAUCUGCACGAUCGUGCCGUCUAUCGACGAUCGAAGCUUACCGCACGCUAAACCUUCGAAGAUUUGCUCGUCGACGAUAUCCCGUCGCGAAGAAAAAAAAAAAAACACGAAAAAGACGAGGCUCCACGCGACACGCUCACGCGGAUAAAGAUAAUAAUAACUCGCGACAAAGAGAGAGACCGGACGCGCGGACAGACGGAAAGGUCGCUGAUCCUCGAUCCCGUGUCAUAUUAUACGUACAUAUUUGAACGCAAUCAGCAAUCACUCGCGAUAAUCGCUGCCCGUUUCAGCGAAACGAACAGGACAGGAUUAUUCGCGUGGAUUAAUAUACCAACGACUGCAUACUAUAUUAUGCGAUUGAUUGUGUGAAAUCGUGAAAUUAUCGAGUCAAAUUAUCUGGACAUCUUACCGAACACUGCCAUCAUCGUUCUGUGAUAAAACCUGUGAUAUCCUGAGACUUCGUUGGGAUUUACGGGGAAAAAAAAUCUUCAUUUCUUCGAAAAUUAUUGCUGAUAAUCGCGAGAUCUAAUCGGCUGUUGUAAUCGUAAAAAACUUGGAACAAAAAUUGCACAUAUUCGCUGCCGUGCUCGAAUUACAUACAACAGGUGAUUCGCAACUCUGCCAAUACGAGCGCAAUCCAGUCCGAGACCCCAGGCGGCUGGUCAAGCUGCGGCAAGUGUCUGGACGACAUGAGGCUCAUGCAAAGAUUAGCGAUCAGCGGACUGCUGUCCGUAAUCCUGAUCCUUCUUCUGACCGGCACGAUCGUAACGCGACGCGAUACUCUUGCGAGUGUCGUCGAUCGGGGCGUUGCGCCGGAAGAACGCAACGAACAGUCGAAUCCGGCCUGGGUGCAAGACAAUGUGGUUCCCGGGCAGAAUGAACCCGAGAUCGAAGACCGGGAUAAGGAUAAAGAUCGGCGUUUAGAUACCAGGCAUAAACAAUCCGAGCCUUCGGCGGUCGGACCGCCGGCCGCAUCUGUUCCUGGCGCUUACGUUAUUAGACCCCCGAAUCCGCCUCUGGAUGACGUAACCAAUCAGCGCCGUGAAAAAGUUAAAGAGAUGAUGAAGCAUGGUUGGGACAAUUACGUGCGAUACGCAUGGGGUAAAAACGAACUGAGACCCAUUUCGAAGAGAGGUCACAGUGCCAGCAUUUUCGGGGCUUCAAAUAUGGGCGCGACCAUCGUCGAUGGACUCGAUACUCUUUACAUCAUGGGUCUUCACGAUGAGUUUAAGCAGGGGCGCGACUGGAUUGCUGAGAAUCUGGACUUCGAUAUCAACUCCGAAAUAUCGCUGUUUGAGACCAAUAUUCGUUUCAUGGGAAGCCUGCUCGCCUGUUACGCUCUCACGGGGGAUGUAAUGUUCCGGGAUAAAGCGGCGCAGCUCGGCGAACGGAUGCUGCCUGCCUUCCAGACGGAAACCGGAAUUCCUCAUUCCCUCAUCAACCUUCAUACUGGGGCGAGCAAGAAUUACGGUUGGGCGAGCAGUGGCUGCAGUAUUUUAUCCGAAAUCGGAACGAUGCAUCUUGAGUUCACCUACUUGAGUGAUAUAACGAAUAAUCCAGUGUUUAAGAGCAAAGUCGAAAACGUGAGAAAGGUCCUGAAGAGUCUGGAGAAACCAAAGGGUUUAUAUCCGAAUUAUAUUCAUCCAAGAACAGGAAAAUGGGGUCAACAUCAUAUGUCGCUCGGUGGGCUCGGCGACAGUUUCUAUGAGUAUUUGCUAAAGGCCUGGAUCCAGUCGAACAAGGAGGAUGUCGAGGCACGCGAAAUGUACGAUCAGGCUAUAGCAGCCAUAACCGAGCAUAUGAUCAAAACGUCCCCUGGGAAACUUGUAUACGUGUCGGAUUUAAAAUACGACAGGCUUGAGCACAAGAUGGGUCAUUUGGCUUGCUUCGCCGGCGGUAUGUUUGCUCUGGGCGCGAAAACUCAGGAAAACGAGUUAUCUGAUAAAUACAUGAAUAUCGCCGCCGGUCUGACCAACACGUGUCACGAGUCCUAUGACAGGAGCGCUACGAAACUCGGCCCGGAAGCUUUCCACUUUAUCGAAAACAAUGAGGCGAGAAGCUUGAAGAAUGGCGAGAAGUAUUAUAUUCUGCGACCCGAGACUUUCGAAUCGUACUUUGUGAUGUGGCGACUAACGAAAGAUCCGAAAUAUCGCGAAUGGGGUUGGGAGGCAGUUCAAGCACUGGAGAAACAUUGCCGAGUCCCCGGAGGAUUUACGGGACUUAACAAUGUUUACAUAGUCGACUCGGCGAAAGACGAUGUUCAACAAAGUUAUUUCUUCGCUGAGACAUUGAAGUAUCUCUAUUUACUAUUUAGCGAUGAUGAUCUCAUAAGCUUAGACGAUUGGGUAUUCAACUCCGAGGCUCAUGUGCUUCCUAUCAAAGGCAAUCCUCUAUAUCGUCCAGCUUCUGGUUUAUAAACCGGACAAGUUCACGACAGUUUGAACGAUACUGAUUAAUUUUUUCAUUCAGCAGUGAUGGAACCGACACAUAAUACGACGAUACACAAUGUAUCAGAAUUACAUAGCAACCGAAAAUAUUUACUUUGAUAUUUACGAAGCGACUUUCUCGCCUUUGUUGUAUAUAAUAUUAUGUAGAUUGUGAGAGAAAAUUUUGUAUACCGCGACAAAACAAAAAUACAACACUGCAUCGAUAUUUAUUUUAUUUUCUUUUCUUUAUUCGCGAUAUCUCAAAAAAAUUGUUUAUUUGAUAAGUUUAAUUACAAAAUUCAAAACAAUUAUUUAUCUAAUUUCCGUAUAUGUCCUACUCUCCUAUAACAUGAAUAUCCGAUUUUGAUUAUGUAAUACAUUUGAAUCGCGGAUUAAUGAAGAUGAAGGAGAAUUAGUCUGUCCUUCAAUUCAAUAACGAGCGAUAAACAUACACACAUACUUUAAAUUAACAUAAUUAUUUUAGGUAAACAAAAGAGAGAAAGUGUGUGUGUGAGAGAGGGAGAGAGAGAGAGAGAGAGAGAUACAGAAAGCGCGAGGAGAAUGAAAGUGAGAAGAAGAGAAUACAAAUGUUAACGAACGUUAUUUAAGCCACACGUUUGUAAAUAGCGAAAAUAAAGCGAGUGAGAGUGAAAAGACGAACGAGAGAGCUAUUAAAAUAGGAGAAAAUGUUGCGAGAGUAUGAAUGCUUCGCCAAUUUCCUUUUUCAGUUGCAACGCAAAGCGGUCUCUAUCAGCACUAAAAUAUGUAUUUGAAACGUUGUAGCUAUACGUUCGCAACAUUUUUAACGUUUCUCUAAAGAUCACGAAGAGAGUCGGUGCAGAUUUAGCCGCGUUUCUUUCUUUUUCAUCAAUUGCUUUGAAAAAAUAUAAUUCUGUCAGAAGCACACGAAGAAGCGUUACUAAGACUGCGAAUUGUACCACAAUAUAUGUUAGAAAAAGAUUACAAUGAUAUUAAAAAUCAAAUUGUUAAUGUUUUUUCUAAAGUCAAAACUUUGAUAAGUUUUGUUGCGUGCACGAAUUUAAUGGAUUGUCAAUUGUGAUUGUUAAUUGAUACUAUGUGUAUUACAAUAAUGUUUUUAUACAGCAUUAAGUGAGGACGCGAGUUUCAUAUCGACGAUGCCAAACAUCGAUAAACUUGUUUUGUAACGCUAAAAAAUCAAGAAUAGAACUGUCAAUCAAUCAAAAAAAAAAGAUGGAAAAAGAAAAAAAGAAAAAGUGAUAAACAUAUUUAGCCAAAAAAUCGUUAUAGUAUCAUUUUUUUAAAUGUCCUAUGCAACAUUUUAUAACGCUAACAUUUCACACGCAUCUCUUUUCUCGAUUUUUAUCGACGUUCUUCAAAAAGAUUUUGACUAUUCAGCAAUUUUGCUAUCCCCCGAUUCUAUCUCCCUCAACCCCUUUUUUAACAAAGAAAAAAUGAAAAGUACAUAAAACCAACUGUCAGUCUCACGAUUGUGGUUCGAGCGUGCGUGCUUUUUGUAUGGCGAAUAAAUCGAAA